GUAAGAUAUUGGAUCAAUGGCGGAAGAUUAAUGGUGACUUUGUAGAAACUUCAGCUGCAAAACAAGUGUUGGAAUGUGCCCAGGAAAAUAGUUGUGUAACUAUUACAGCUAGUUCUGGUGUUGGAAAGACAGCAACCCUACAACAUGUAGUUUUGAAAAUGGCAGAAGAAGGAAUCCAUUUUUAGUGUAUGAAGCAGAGAUUGAUCAGCUGAAGAAGAAAGGGUGUUUUGGUAAAUACUGUGCCUUGGCAUUGUGUGUAAUGUUCAACAAUGAGUUAGAGGAAGAAGUGUUGACAGACGAGAUAGAUACAAACACAAGAGCAAUCAUAGAGAACACAUUUGAGGCAUGCCGACUAGAGAAAGGAACAUCAAGGUUAAUUUUAUUGGAUGAACUUGAUUCACUUGAACAUACAUUUAUUAAGAAAGAAUAUGGUAUAUACAAAACUAUACAUGAUAAACUUUUUGACUUUUUAUCUUAUUAUUUUGGAAAAACUAUGAUCCAGAGUUUAAUAAAAAAUGCACACAGUCAAUAUAUCAUGGAACGAUUUUUAUUAGAAAGAGAAAACAAUAUGGAUCAGUUCAUUACUAUUGUUCCUCUUAAAUACAAUGACAUGUACAUGGAGAGAAUGGUUAGUGACUGGUCCAAUGGUAAAGUAGAAAAUGUUUUCUGUAAUAUCAAUAUGACCAACCGAAAGUUCAGACUGAGAUACCUGUGUUAUUUGAACACACUUGACAUAAAAUAUCAAAGACAAUUAGCACAAAAAUGUGAUAUUAAAAGCCAAGAUACUGCACUACUGCAGUGUUGUUUUAAAGGUGAUAUUCCAUUGAUUCAGUGGUGUUUAUAUCAUGGUGUUGAUGUUAACAGGUGUAGGUGUGAUGGUGGAAGUCCUCUAUUUGUAUCAUCACAGCUAGGUCAUACUGAAGCAGUACAGCUUUUGUUGGACAAUAAGGCGGACAUCGAUAAAUGCAAAGAUGAUGAAAUAUCUUCCCUGUUUAUAGCUUGUCAACUAGAAUAUACAGAUAUAGUACAGUUAUUACUUAAAUAUAAGGCAGACAUAAAUAAGUGUAGAGCUGAUUCAUCAUUUCCACUUUAUAUGGCUUGUCAACAGAAUCGUGUAGAUAUAGUUAAACUGUUACUUUACAACCAGGCAGACAUAAAUAAGUGUACAGACAAAGGAUCAUCUCCUCUGUUUAUUUCUUGUUAUAAAGGAUGUACAGAUAUAGUAAAACUGUUACUCGACAACAAGUCAGACAUGAACAAGUGUACAGAUAACAGAAUAUCUCCUCUGUUAAUGGCCUGCCAGGAGAAUCAUGUAGAUAUAGUAAAGUUGUUACUUGACAACAAGGCAGACAUGAAUAAGUGUAAAGAACCUGGUGUAUCACCCCUGUAUAUUGCUUGUCAGGACGGUUUUACAGAUAUAGUUAAGCUAUUACUUGACAAUAAGGCAGACAUUAAUAAAUGUAGAGAUGAUGGUACAUCUCCCCUGUAUAUUGCUUGUGCGAAUAACCAUUCAGUCAUAGUACAGCUGUUACUUGACAACAAGGCAUACAUAAAUAAGUGUUUAGAUGAUGGAACAUCUCCCCUGUAUAUUGCUUGUGAGAAUAACCAUUCAGACAUAGUACAGCUGUUACUUGACAAUAAGGCAGACAUAAAUAAGUGUUUAGAUGAUGGAACAUCUCCCCUUUUACAGGCUUGUCAGGAAGGUUGUGCAAAUAUAGUACAGUUGUUACUCAGCAGCAAGAUAGACAUUAAUAAGUGUAGAAAUGAUGAAACAUCGGCUCUUUUUAUUGCUUGCCAGAAUAAUCAUGCAGGGAUAGUCAAGAUGUUACUUGACAACAAGGCAGACGUUAAUAAGUGUACAGAUGAUGAAACAUCUCCCCUUUUAAAGGCUUGUCAUGAAGGUAAUAAAGAUAUUGUUCAGUUGUUACUUGACAGCAAAGCAGAUAUGAAUAAGUGUAGUAAUAAUGGAACAUCUCCUCUGUCUAUUGCUUGUUUCGCGAACCAUGUAGAUAUAGUAACGUUGUUACUUGAAAACGGGGCAGACAUAGAUGAGUGUAUAGAUGACGGAUCAUCUCCCCUGUAUAUUGCCUGUCGGAAUAACCAUGAAAACAUAGUACAGCUCUUACUUGACAACAAGGUAGACAUUAAUAAAAGUAGAAAUGAUGGCACAUCUCCUUUAUUUAUUGCAUGUGCGUUGAAUCAUAUAGAAAUAGUAAAGUUGUUACUUGACAACAAUGCAGACAUUAAUAAGUUUUAA